AAAAAAUUGAAGAAUACACACAAUAAUGUCAUCAUCACAUCUAUGCUCUAUGCUUCUCCCACCUUCACUUUGUUUUGCAUCGCUCAACUUUCAUGUAUUCCUUUCUCUCCUUCUAUUACUUCUUGUUUUCAACUAUUGGUUGGUCCCUGGUGGUCUUGCUUGGGCUCUCUCCAAGUUCCGUUUAGAAUCACCACGUGCCGAUAAUACUAAUAACAACAAAAGAUCGAUUCCUGGACCUUCAGGUCUUCCAGUUCUUGGCCUUGUUUCGGCCUUCACUGGAACCUUAACUCACAGGGUUCUGGCUAACUUGGCCGAAACAUUCAAGGCCAAGAACUUGAUGGCAUUUUCUAUUGGGGUGACCCGGUUUGUUAUCUCCACAAACCCUAACACGGCCAAAGAGAUUCUUAACAGUUCAGCUUUCGCUGAUCGACCUAUCAAAGAAUCAGCUUACGAGCUUCUCUUCCACCGUGCAAUGGGGUUCGCUCCUUAUGGCGAAUACUGGAGGAACCUUAGAAGAAUCGCCACCGUUCAUUUGUUCUCUCCACGGAGGAUCGCUGCUAGCGGUGAGUUCAGAGCUAGAGUUGGUAAGCACAUGGUGAAAGAAAUGGUUGGUUUGAUGGAGAAGAAGAGUGAGGUUAAGGUUAGAGAGGUGUUGCAUUUAGGAUCGUUAAACAAUGUGAUGAUGAGUGUGUUUGGGAAAAGCUAUGAGUUUGGUGAAGGUGGUAAUGGGCGUGAGCUUGAAGAGUUGGUGAAAGAAGGGUAUGAUCUGCUUGGUGUUUUCAAUUGGAGUGACCACUUCCCUCUCUUGGGUUGGUUGGAUUUGCAAGGUGUCAGAAAGAGGUGUAGGAAUCUAGUAGCGAAAGUGGAUGAUUUUGUUGGAAAUAUCAUAUUGGAACAUAGAAUGAAAAGGGUUGCCAAGGAUGAAGCCUUUGAUGACUUUGUUGACGUGUUACUAGAUUUGGAAAAACAGAGCAAGCUUCAGCACUCUGAUAUGGUUGCUAUUCUUUGGGAAAUGAUAUUUAGAGGGACUGAUACAGUAGCAAUUCUUUUGGAAUGGAUUCUAGCAAGGAUGGUAUUGCACCCUGAAAUCCAAGCAAAAGCUCAAUCUGAAAUCGACUCUGUAGUUGGGUAUGAUCGUACAAUCAAUGAUCUAGAUCUUCAAAAUCUACCAUACCUACGUGCCAUAGUGAAAGAAACCCUAAGAAUGCACCCACCAGGCCCACUGCUAUCAUGGGCGAGGCUUGCAAUCCACGACACACAAGUGGGCCCCCACAUGAUUCCAGCUGGCACAACGGCAAUGGUGAACAUGUGGGGCAUCACCCAUGACAAAGAAGUUUGGUGUGAGCCAGAAGAGUUCAAGCCAGAGAGGUUCAUAGAAGAAGAGGUUCAAAUAAUGGGGUCUGAUCUUAGGGUUGCACCAUUUGGUUCUGGAAGAAGGGUGUGUCCUGGCAAGGCUAUGGGCUUGGCUACUGUGGAGCUUUGGCUUGCUAUAUUGCUUCAAACAUUCAAAUGGAUUCCUACAAAUCAUGUUGACUUAUCAGAGUGCUUGAAACUUUCUCUUGAGAUGAAGUCACCUCUUCUUGCUAAGCUUAUUCCAAGAUUUGGUUAAUUAUUUACUUUUUGUUUUCUGAGAUUUAAAUUAAACGUGGGCAAUGUUUUUUUUUUGGUAUCUUUUGGGAACUACUAGUGUUUAUUGGGAAAGGUUUGAUCAUGAAUAGCUUUUUUUUUUUAAAUUAAAAAAAUGAAUUGUGGACAUGUAUCUGUUGGGUAUAUUUCUUGUCC